AUGUAUAUUCUUCAAACAACUACGGCCGUUUUGAUUGCAUUCCUCGCGAUCCUUGCAUACAAUGAAGUUCGGAAUCGUUUGACGAGAAACUGGCCUAGGAGAAAAGAUUUGGAGACUCCACACAGUCCUACCAGACCUAUUGCCAGCGACAUCAAGCCAUUUAUUCCAGAUCAUAGUUUGAACAAGUCUCUAGAUUCUGUUGAACCUGACGUCAUCGACCAAGAUCUAGCGAGAUUCAAGCAGCUCUACUACAAGCUGCACAAUCUGGAGUACCACCCGGAAAUUAUACCGGAGUGUCGCGAACUACUUUUAGAAUUAUUUUCAUCAGCCAUUGCCGACGCAGUCAACGAACCGGAAAACACCAUUCUAUCUGUCGAGCGCUUUUCACCCGACAGUUUGAAAGACUUUCUUGCAGCAAAAGAUGCUGAUAUCACCAACCAAUGGGAGGAGUACCUUGCCAGGCGGCGGAGUGGAGAACCACGUGAGAUGUUCGGAGACAAAGGCGAGGCGAAAUGGUGGCUAAAACAAGCCGCCCCUGUCAAAUACGUUGAUGGCGCUUGGCUUGGACACAUUAACAAGAUCAGCACAUCGUUCAAGUACCGUCAGAUUACGAAGAAUGCUUGGCAAGUCAUGUCAGAAGAACUGGGCGAUGGGGAUAUUGAAAAGAACCAUGUCCAUGUCUACCGGGAGUUGAUGAAAGACAUUGAUGCCAGGCUACCUGAGGCCGAUUCGCAAGAUUUUAUUCAUCCUCGCCAUGGAUUGACCGAAGUGCGUUGUUGGAAAGCCGCCAUGGCCCAGCUUACUAUUUCUCUCUUCCCACAUGACUUUUUGCCCGAAGUUCUGGGAUUUAACAUGGCAUACGAAAGCCUACCUCUCCAUCUACUGAAGACUGUCAAGGAACUUCGGGAACUUCGUCUAAACCCGUAUUAUUUCGAACUCCACAUAUCUAUUGACAAUGCAGACUCGGGUCAUGCUGCCAUGGCCAUGGCUGCAGUGUCAAAUUACAUAAACUUAGUAGCAGAGGACCAAGGCGAAGAAGCAGCUCAUGUUGCUUGGAAGCGUGUACAAGCUGGUUACAUUCUGGCCGAGGGCUUACCUACAACGCCCGAGAGCCCAUCACUCAAAUCAAAAGUCGAGGAACCAUUCCCCCGUACCGACACAGAAGCCCAAGUAGUGGCCAUCUUUGCAGCCAAAAGCUCCGUCGCUCACAAGAUCCACUGUAACAGCCGUCUCAAAAUCGGUAGACGCUCCCUCGUUGACUGGCUCGAACCAAACGCCUUCAAAAACCCAACAUGGCAGCGAGACUUCCUCCACGACCUCAGCAACUGCAAACCCUGGGUAGUCAAAGGCCACAGCACCCAAAGCCGCCUAAUCAAAGAACUCUCCUGGGAAGGCAAAAUGUUCGGCAGCUUCACGGAAAACGAAGUAGGCAUCGUCUCCGCCUGGAUCAACGAACUCGCUUCCCCACCAGCCGCACGCUUGGACAUUCUGACCCACUACCCGGUUUUUGACCCGCAGCAGGAGCAGCACCAUGUCAGGGCGCGCCAAUCGAGCGAUCUUGCGAUCGAUUGCGUGCCGAAGCUCGAAUUUCGCAAAUUGCAUCUAGGCAGUCUGCUCCCGCUAUGGUUCGCGUCGCCGGCGCUGCUCGAGGGCCUGCCGGCCGUGCCUGUCCGCGCUGCGAGCACGUUUGGAUCUGCUGUUGUUCGUAUUCUGCGGGCUCAGGCUGGGUUCAGCGUGGAAGGGCCGGGUGUAGCGGGCAUGGAUGAGGUCCACCGAACUGAUGAUGGCGAGGCGGUUGGCAUCGUGGAGCUUGGCUUGGAGUUGUGCCGUAGUGCAGGCUACCAGCAGCCGUGCAAUUUGCGCAAGGUAGUGUUGCUGGGCGAGCCCGAGUCAGCUGCUUUUGCGGAAUGGAUGGUUGCGACGAGUAUGCGGUGGCUCGUGCAUCGGGAUGCCCUUGUUGGUCUAACUUGGGCGUUUAUGGAACUACACGAGGCCUGGGCCCAGUGCAAAGGAGAGGUCACGUUGCUAUCUGCCAAGAGCAUGACGGUCUUGCAGGAGAUUGCGAUUAGAGAAAGGAAGAGUCUGGAAGUGUGUAGGAGUGAGAUAUAUCAGCAUAAACAGCGUUGGGUGGAUUUUCUCCAGGGAGUUGCAAUAGGUCGGCGGGCUAUCGAGUUGUGCUUUACACAAGAGAAGUCACUCAAAGGUAGCAAGCAGAUGGAAACAGGGGAAUUUUCAAGAUAA